AUGGCUUCUGCAUUGUCUCAUCAGAUUUGUUGUCCUAUAUGCUUGCAAGAUUUGAGGGAUCCAGUGAGUCUUCCAUGCGAGCAUUUCUACUGUAGGAAAUGUAUCACCGAUCAUUUGGCCAUGAAUGGGGAUGAAAGUGUUUGCCCAGUAUGCCGGCGGGCCUUUUCCGGGGAUGAUAUCAAAGGUAGUCGUCUCUUAAGGAACAUAGUGGAAGCGACCCGAGCCCAUCUGGUGGAACAUGAAGCACUGAGAGCGCAAGUGAUGAAUAUCACAUCAGGGGACGUGAACUGUGACCAAAAUCAGCGCUGCCCUGUUCACGACGAGCCAUUCAAGCUCUUCUGUGAGACAGACAAUAAACUGAUGUGUGUUAUCUGCAGUUUGGAAGAGUUGCAUCAGGGACAUCAUUGCAAAAGUUUGAAGGAUGCAUUCCAAGAUGGGAAGGAAAAGACAUCUAAGAGUAUGGCAAUGUUGUUAACUGAAGACGAGAAACUGGUUGAUUUGAUCGAGAAGCAGACUAUUGAGAUUGUAAAAACAAGGGACAAAUAUAAGUUGCUGUCAGACCAGAUCUCUGCCCAAUUUGAAAUGCUGCACCGGUUCCUAAGGCAGAAGGAGGAUGAGGUGAUGAAAUUGCUAGAUGAGAAGCAAAAUCAAAUCUUAGAAAUGAUGGAAGACAAUUUAUUUAUUAUGGAAGAAACAUUGUCUAAUGCAAGAGAAAAGCAAGGUGUUCUAAUGUCAGUCUUGGAGAAUGAACAACCCUGCCAGUACCUACAGGUUAGCCAUUUAUGUUCCUAUUCAGGAAAGAUUUUAAUAAGAUUUUUAUUAGCAUAAUUUGUGAUUAGUUGUAAUUAGUCAG